AUCAUACCUUUACAAAACUGUGGCCAAUAGCAUCAUAAAUAGGCGUGUCUUAAGCUGUUGUGAUUCUGUUAGCGUCAUUGACAACGGAGCUUUAAUUCUGUCAGUUACAGGAGUAAAAAAUAAAUACUAACGAUAUUUGCAUGAGGACGGUAACAACAUUAUAUCGCUGUCCUUUAAAGAAGCACGAAGGAUCAAUGUUGUGCUUGCUAAUAAGGUCAGAACAUCAGUGACUUCAGAAGCCAUUACAUGCUAGUUAUACUCAUUCAUAUCUAACGUUACCAGAAAAAAAUUAUGCGAAAAUGAAUCAAGCAAGAACAGCUAAAGAAAGGAUUUGCUCUUCGAUAACGCAAAAGAAUGUAUUAAAAGAAAAUAAAAGGAUAACGAAUGGAAACAGAAGAAAGGCCAAAGGUGUGAGAGUGUUGGCCGAGAGGAACCCGGCUGUGGCGCCAGUGGGUGUUUGGGUGGAGAGUGGAGAUGAGUGUCAGGAACAUCCCGCGGUCCGGGCUUUGCUUACGGAAGAGCUUCUGGAGGAGACCCGACGAGAGAAAGAGGAGAGUCUGCGCCGGUUUCAGGAUGCAGUUCGUAAACGUGUUUCACAGCAGGUCCAUCUGCGCAAGCAACAGCAGCUACUGAAAUCAUAUGAGACAGUUGAAUGUGAGGACAAAGUAUUGCAACAAACCAGCCAUCGCCUUACACCUCAAACCAAUGUAUUUCCUUCCUGGACACAUGGGGAGCGAGUUAUCUGCAGUCCCAGCUCUCGCUUGGUCAGUGCUCAGGGGACAGAGGCCAUUUCUUCCAGUCAGCACACACAUCAUGUACGGGUCAGUAAAGUCAGGAAGCAGGUGAGACACAGACUUGCUGCUCGUCAAAUAGUGCAAGAUGGAGAUGAACUAUCACAGCUACCUGGUGGGAGAUGGAAAAUAUCCCCAGCUAGAAAUAAACCCGAAUCACAUACUUUGAGUGAUCAGAAGGAUUAUACUGAAGGUUCGAAUGAUGGAGGAGAGGAAAACGAGCAGGAUGUUGACUCGGAAGAUGAGAUGCUGUUGGGGCAACAUGAUCAACCUCUUCAUUUGCAUCACCACAGAAGCAAGGCUGUAACUUUUCAGAACGAUAGGGUCUAUGGUCCAGAUCCCACGGGUUCCCGCACAGGCUUUACUACUGACUACAGAGCGUCCCAAGUGCUUUGGCCUCAUGAGAAUCAGGAGGAGCUAAAGAGGCAGAGGCAGUCUCAGUUCCUCAUGUAUCGACGUCACUUCAUGGAUACUGAGCGAGAGCAAGUGAAGGAGCACCAAAGGCACAGGAAACAUCUUAAGAGAACUGCAAGGAUUAAGAAUGAAAAAGAACAACUCAGGAAAGCUGAAGAGAAGAAGAUGGAAAGGCAGCGACAGCUGGAGGAAGAAAGAAAAGACAUGGCUGAGAGGGAGUAUUUGAUUUUGGAGCGAUUGAGGCUUGAUGAGGAGGAGGCAGCAGAGACGGUAGAGAGACGAGAAAGAACAAAAGGGAUCAAAGAAAGCAAACGGUACAUUGAGGCUAUGCAGGCUCUGCUGAAGGAGAAACUGAAGAAGGACAAGGUACAGCUGCCUCCCCUGUGUUCCUGUGGAGACACUUUCUGGGACAGCCAUCCUGACACCUGCGCCAACAACUGUAUCUUCUACAACAAUCCAAAAGAUUAA